ACUUCCGGAAACAUGGAGGCUGUUGUGAGUGAUUUGGUAGCUCCUGAAGACCUGUUGAAAUUUGAGAAGAAAUACAAAGAAGAGUUGUUGAAGGGAGGUGUAUCAAAGGAGACCAAGUUUGAAUAUGCAUGGUGUUUGAUCCGAAGCAAGUAUUCAGAAGACAUUAAGAAAGGAAUUGUAUUGCUUGAAGAGCUGGUGAACAAGGGAUCGAAGGACGAUGCAAGAGACUUCCUGUUCUACUUAGCAGUGGCCAACUACAGACUGAAGGAGUAUGAAAAGGCUCUGAAGUACAUCCGUACCCUUCUGAAGAAUGAGCCGGGGAACAAACAAGCCUUGGAUUUGGAGAAGCUCAUAGAUAAGGCUCUAAAGAAAGAUGGAUUGGUCGGCAUGGCAAUCGUCGGGGGAAUUGGACUGGGCGUGGCUGGAUUAGCAGGCCUCAUUGGAUUGGCUGUGUCCAAGGGUCAUGGUCCAAAGUCCUAAUGUAGGGAAGGCCCUGGCUUUUCUAACUCCCCUCUAAGAAAGACUUACACAAUCCUUAAGCUCCUCCCCCAUAACUAAUUUAAACCGAGAUUUGAAAAAGGCUGCCGUGUUCCAGGAUGAGCUCCCCCAAGGACCUCUCACAAACACAUUACUACUAUUCAUGGAAUAAUGUGUAGGGAUUUGUUUUUAACAGGUGUUUCUAUGCCCAGUAAUUUAAUUUGCUGGUAUGUACUGUAUGUUCUCACACAUUGUGUCACUUUUUCCAUAUUAUACAUUGUGAAUAAGGAUGAUGAGAUAUGUAGCAGAAUGGAAUGGCAUUUCUUGACUUGUUUGCAUGCGUCCUUUUUUCUAAGUAAGCAUUUAGGCAUUUGUAAUUUAUAAAAGUGCAAUGUUACGUCAUUUAUUAUUGUUGCCUGCUUUGUAUAUUUAGACGGAAAAGGAUGUUGUCGUUUAGGAAAGUGUCUUUGGUUUAGAGAGAAGUGUAGUUGUAUCAUGGCAUGGUGUUAAAGCUGGUAGCAAUGUGGCAGUUUUGCAGUGUAGUUGGCAGCUGAUGUUGUCAUAUCCAUAAUGUCCACACGGGGGUGUCCUUCCUUAAGGACACAGAAAACAUUAAUACUUCGCUUACAGCCCAGAAUUCAACAUUCUGUAGAUUAAAGUGAGAACAUAUCUAUAUUUAUAUAUUCCAUUAUCACCCUUUUAUCAAGGGAUCCUAAUAAAGGUGUUUUAGCAGAUGAGUGCAUUUUGUUAAUACCAAACGUUUUUCAUUACUUCUGUCCAGUUUUGAUUGU